AUGAAACAAAAAGCAACUGAAAAUCCAGAAUAUCAAUACCUCUUAAAAGAAUACAAAUUCGCUAAAAACCCUCAAAGAAUGAACACACAACCAAAAGGAAAGAAAGCAUAUUAUUUCAUGGCAACCAUAAAUAAAGAGCCAAUAAAAGUAUUAUUAGAUGAAGGAGCCAGCACAAACGUCAUAGGAUAUGACCUGGCUAAAGAAUAUAAACUACUCAACCUCCUACCAAAAAACGAAUCACCAAUUAAAAAUGCACAAGGACCUGGAGGAAAACUCCUUAAAAACUAUGGAAAAAUAGAAGUACUUUUCCAAGUAGACGAUUAUGCUGAAUACAUUAAAAUAUCUAUUAUCGAAGGAAACCAACCUUAUAUGCUUCUAUCAGAAGCUGACCAAGCUCGAUUCAAAAUCUCUAAAGACAGAGAAGGACGCAUAGCAACUAUCAAUGGAAAACCAAUCAAUUACCAAGAUGUUGACGAAUAUUAA